AGAAAAGGAGAACUGAAGCGGCUUCGGGAGUCCGGCGGACGGACGGACGGACGGCCGGCGUACUGGGAGAGGGAGGCCCUCGGAGUCCUGCCUAGCCAAGCAUGGGGAACGCGGUCCGCGCCUUUCAUCCCCGCCGCGAGAUCCCCAAGCGCGGCGGGGGCCUCUCCUUCAUGAUGCUCCGAGCUGUUUUAUGGGCAGUCUUUCAUGGUAAAGGUCUGUCCAUGGGGAAGAGCUGCAAAGUGGUUGUGUGUGGCCAGGCUUCGGUGGGAAAGACCUCGAUCCUAGAACAGCUACUGUAUGGUAACCAUGUAGUAGGUUCUGAGAUGAUUGAAACCCAGGAAGACAUCUAUGUGGGUUCAAUCGAGACUGACCGAGGUGUGCGGGAGCAGGUGAGGUUCUAUGACACACGAGGCCUUCGAGACGGGGCAGAACUUCCCAGGCACUGUUUCUCCUGUACAGACGGCUAUGUCCUCGUCUACAGCACUAAUAGCCGAGAGUCCUUCCAGAGAGUGGAACUGCUCAAGAAGGAGAUUGACAAAUCAAAGGACAAGAAGGAGGUCACCAUCGUCGUCCUUGGCAACAAAUGUGACCUUCAAGAGCAGCGUCGGGUGGACCCCGAUGUGGCCCAGCACUGGGCCAAGGUGGAGAAGGUGAAACUGUGGGAAGUCUCGGUGGCCGACCGCCGCUCGCUCCUGGAGCCCUUCGUCUACUUGGCCAGCAAGAUGACUCAGCCCCAGAGCAAGUCGGCCUUCCCCCUCAGCCGCAAAAACAAGGGCAGCGGCUCCUUGGACGGCUGAGGCUCUGCUCUUCGCACCGCCCCCUCCCUCAGGCCCCCCCAUCCCAACCCUGCCUCCCCCAGGCCCUGGGGGGAACCGAGUCAGGUGGGCCCGGCAGGAGGCCUCAUCUCUCUCCGCGGCUUCUCCCCUUCCAAAUAGCGCCAGCUGUCCCACGCCCCCACUCUCCGAACCCCCCAGCCUGACUGAGAGCGGGCAGGUCAGGGCGCAGCUGUGGCUUGUGGCCCCCGAAAGAGACCCCCAGGAACUCCAUCCGCGUCAUGGCCCUGGCAAAGAGAGCCCAGCAGGAGAGCCUGGCACGGAGGGAAGGGGAGAUACCUCGGGAGGCACCCCUGGUUCCCUCCUCCAUGGGAGCCGCGCGUCCCGCCGAGUCCGGUGCUCCCCUCCGGGCUCUUCUGAACUUUCCUGCCCCACGGGGCCACAGUGUGGAGGAAGGACCCUGGCGGUGGGAGCAGGGUCCGGCCUCCACUCCUGGCGAAGCGGUCUGGGACAAAGGGCGGUCCCUUUCUGGUCCUCAGCUGCCUCCCCAUUAAGGCGAAACGGCUUCCGAACUCCUUCCAUUCGGCGCCUCGCCCCUCCAGGCCUCUGCUUGUUAGUACCUAUGAAAGCGCUCCCUUUGACUUCAGCCACCAGGGGGCAGCAACACACAGCCCGCGCCAGCUGCUUAGCGCCCUUGCAGGGAGAGCUCAUCCUGAGAACCAGCCUGCUGCAGACAGGGACCCUCCUCCUACCCAGGGGAUAGAGUUAUGGCUCCUGCAAGCCCACCGCGUUCCCACUCUGGGUGGUUGGGAUUUUUCUUAAUAUUUAAUUUUUAACCUGUACUGCAUUUAUAACUACCCCUACCUCCCAUAAUGAAGAAUAUACAUGAUCUAUGCUAUAUAACUAUCCCACCUCCCAUAAUAUACAUGACCUAUACUGUAUCAACUAUCCCUACCUCCCGUAAUGAAUAUACAUGACAUAAACUGUAUAACUAUCCUACCUCCCAUAAUAUACAUGACUUAUACCUAUAAUUGUCCCUACCGCCCAUAAUGAAGCAUAUACAUGACCUAUAUUGUAUGUAUAAUUACCUCACCUCCCAUAACGAAGCAUAUACAUAAUGACCUAUAUUGUAUUUUUAACUGUCCCUACCUCCCAUAAUAAAUACAUGGUUCUGUAUAACUGUCCCGACCUCCCAUAAUAAAUACAUGGUUCUGUAUAACUGUCCCGACCUCCCAUAAUAAAUACAUGGUUCUGUAUAACUGUCCCGACCUCCCAUAAUAAAUACAUGGUUCUGUAUAACUGUCCCGACCUCCCAUAAUAAAUACAUGGUUCUGUAUAACUGUCCCGACCUCCCAUAAUAAAUACAUGGUUCUGUAUAA